AUGACGAGUUUCGCAAAUUCAUUCUGGUCGUCGGACCAGAGUUAUGCAGGAGGCAUGCUCGUUCAACCUGUUUGUUUGGGAGUCCUCUUUGGCAAGCUCCAGCAGGGCGUGCAAGAGAACCAGCAGGUCCUGACGAUUGCGCGCAUGCGAGCUGAAGCUGAGGAUCUCUAUGGUCAACGUCUGGGCGACAUCGAUGCAGCUACCAUGAAGGUUGAAGGAGGCUUCCAGAAAGACGAUGGCGCCAGUGUUAAGAAGGCCUUCGAAGGAAUGCGCUCCGAGAUGAGUGAAGCGGCCAAAAACCACCGCAAGAUAGCAUCGAACAUUCGCGAGCUCGUCGUGAGCCCUUUCGCUCGUUGGUGUGACGCCCACGCUGCCCGAGUUCAGAACUCUCAGGACGACCUACAAGCCCGUAUCAAAGCCCACGAUCGCCAGGCCGACCACGUUCGUACAUACCGCAGCCAGUACUACAACAAAUGCCGUCGUGUCGAGGAUCUGGACGAAGAAGAGAAGCUGGCCUUCCAAGACCCUCAGAGCGAGGCUGCUCAAAGCCCCAAGCCCGCAUCGCAAAUCCCAGUCGUCAAGCUCUCGGAGCCCGAGGAAGAAGAUGAACCUGAACCCAUCGACAUUGGUGAUGUUACGUACACUCCCGAACAAGUCAAGAAGAUUCUCAACCACAUGCUCGAGACCAUCAAGCUCGGCGAAGCCAAGGUCCCAAUCCUCGGCACAUAUCACAACGUCUCGACAGGAGCCGACAUCACCGACUACAUCCAAAAGCACAUGAAUGGCACCAGCGUCAGUUAUGCCGAGCGCAUUGGUCAGGACAUGGUCGGUCAUGGCUUUUUGCGACUGGUUGGCAAUGUUGGAAGCACUUUCGCAAACAGCAGUCGUAUGAACUACCAGUGGCGUCCCAAGGUAUUCCAGAUCACUGGUCUCCCCGAAAGACGAGGCAUGGGCAGAUCUGCCACCGUUUCCUCGGUUAGCUCGAUCCCAGACUCACCUGUUGGUGCCGUCGGCGAACUCUUCUCCGGGUGGAACCCUCUGAGCAAUGCUCACCCUGGAGAGACUCCCGCGGCCAAGUUGCGCAGAGAAGCUCGCGAGGCUGAUGAACGCUACAAGGGAGCUGUGAGAAAGCUCGAUACCCUUCGUUGCAACCUCGAGGAGGCUAUGGUCGACCACCUCAAGUUCAUGGAGCGUUGCGAGCUCGAUCGUCUUAAGGCCAUCAAGAGUGUAAUCCUGGACUUUUCUGGCGCCAUCAGCAACGUCAUUCCUAGCUUGCAAAGCACCGUCGACAACAUGAUGCUUUUCCAGGAAACAGUUCAACCGCUGGGCGAUUUGCGCUAUCUCUUGGAGAACUACAGGACUGGCCCGUUCGUGCCCAAGGUUACCAUUUACGAGAACUACUACAACAAUGUAGAUGAGCAAACCUUUGGUAUUGAUAUCGAAGCUCGCGCUCGUGCUGACAGGAAGCGCGUCCCUCUCAUUGUCACCACAUUGCUUACUUUCCUGGAUAACCACUAUCCUGAACUCGAAGGAGACGAGGCUCGUCGCAGCAUUUGGCUUGUCGACGUUCCUUUGGCUGCCACUCACCAUCUGCGAAACAUUCUCAACACUGGCAAAGAUACAGUUUCUCAGGAUACUCUGGACCGCUACGAGAUACCGAUCGUCGCCUCUGUUUUGAAACUCUACCUGCUCGAGCUUCCCGAUUCUCUGGUCUCAGCACAUGUCUAUGAGAUUAUCAAGACAAUUUAUACGAGCACCGCACCAAACACCUCUGAGAGCGCCCGUAUCUCCGUUAUUCAGAGCACGCUCGGUCAACUCAGACUCGCCAAUAUUGCCACUUUGGAUGCCAUCACAACACACUUUACACGUUUGAUUGAGUUGACAUCGGCCGAAGAAGGAUACAUUUCUGCUCUUUCGACCACGCUUGCUCCCUGCAUUCUUCGUCCCAAACAAGGAAAUACCUUGUCAUUGAACGAGAAGUUCAACUACAGACUCGUGCGCGAUCUUUUUGCUCACAAGGAUACUAUCUUUGGAGAGCUUAAACGCCAAUCUUCAUUGACGCAUACCAACUCUGGCGCAUCGAGGCCUCGCGCUAUCAGUACCGACGAGAGCAGGCGUCGUGAACAUAUGGAAGAACGCCAAAGAGCCAUCAUUGCUGCUGCUGAAACCCGUGGCCGUGCAUCCAGUCCUUUCAAGUCCACCUUUGGUGGCCCUCUUGGGUCCAUGCACAAGAGAGAGCGCAGCACAGGUGCAGCAGAGACACGAUUCCCUGUAACUCCUUCCGCGGCAAGCACUCCCACCGAUGCGCGUAACCUGAACCGUGGCAGUCUAGAGGUGCCCAGCUCGCCAACCCGCGCUCCCGUCUUGCUGCAGUCGCCACCAAAAGGCAACGGAAGAACCGACUCAUUGCCAUCCUCUUCCGACUCGGCAGCUGCAGGGGAUUUCGCAGCUCCGGUGACUCGUCAACGUAGCGACACUACAAACUCUGUGAUUAUGACCCCUGGUGCUCAGACCGAAGCUCCUGACUAUCUCGCCCAUGCUCAAGAGCAGCAGCAAGAAGAAGACGCUGGUAGCGAAGCUGAGUCUGCUGCACACGAGUCAAACUCUGCUAUCCCUGCCAGCCGCCAAUCCGUGGAGGUUGAGAAGCGCAAUUCUCUGAACCGAUCGAUGGGACGGGUUGCUCGUAAGGGCACUGCAAGUAGCCUGUCGCGACACAGUCUGAUUGGCAAGCGAGAGAGUGUCGGUAGUGUAGGCACUUCAUCGUCUGGUGCCGCUGCCGCACCUUCCACCGACUUUGUUGACAGCCCUGUUGAUGUCGCUGAGCGCGCAGAAGAAGAGGCACUGGCUCACCGCGGCGUCGAACUCGUUGACAAGCCGAUGGAUGAUGAUUAG